AUGUUUCAGAAGCCUAUUGAAAUCAUGCAGAAGAAUCCCCAGCCUGAUUUCAAGCUUCAGACCCCCAUCCAGCCUUACAUAUGUUCCACUUCGAAGGAUUUCCAAGAAGAAAGGGAUUUUUUGGCAAACAACAUCUUCCCCCAGCUUAAUGAACUCUGUAAUUCCCGGGGGACCUAUUUCAAGGCCAUUGACCUGAGAUGGCCAACAUCGGAGGCUCACGACCCUCUCUGCCCUAACUUUCUCAGGCAAUCCUGCAGCCUACAAUCCCAGCAGCUGAAGCUUUGCCUUGACUACAUCAACAGCUCAUUCCCUUUUUUCCUUUGUAUGCUGGGCCAGACAUAUGGAGAAUUCCUCCGUGAGGAUCAAACUUUCCUGCCCACUGGAACUGCUGACCUUCCAGGGUUGUCCAAGGUUGAAAGGAACCUCUACACUGCAGCCCACAAUGGCUACCCUUGGGUUCUUGAGAAUUCUAGCUGCAGCUUGACAGAGCUAGAAGUGAUCCAAGCGGCCUUUCUGAAUAAUUCCCAUUUUCAGUAUUUUUAUUUUCGGACUGGCGCCAUGCUGCUGAAAGCGUUAGAACAGGAAAAGGAAAAGAUUUCCAGUCCACAAUCCCGGCAGAGGGAAUAUGAAAAACGAAAGAUUGGGGAGCUCAAGUCUAAGAUCAUUAGCAAAGGGCUACCAGUCAGAUUUUACAGAGAUCUCCAAGAACUGGGCCAAUUAGUUUAUAAAGACUGGUCAAAUGUGAUAGAAAAACUUUUCCCUGCCACUUUUCUGCAAGAAAAUAUAGACCAAGACCACAACACCGAGCGUUCUUAUCAUGAAGCUUUUACCAUAAAGUGCCGGAAGAUGUUUGUGUUGUCCAGAGAAUCAAAACAAGCAUUUGAUGCUUUGGAAAAAUUUGCGAUAAGGGAUAUUCAAAAUGAAGCAGCCAAACAGGAAUCUGGCAACUCUCUGGAAUCUAUCCUCAGAAUCAGGCCUAUUCUACCAACGAAGUCCAUUUUGCUUUUGUCUGGAGAACGUGGCUGUGGGAAGUCAGUGUUGAUUGGAAGUUGGGUAAAUUCUUUUAGAGAGAGAUAUCCGGAUAUGUUAGUAAUCCCUUAUUAUGUGGGAAGCAGCUGUGACCGCAGCGAUAUCAUGACCAUGAUGCAUUACUUCAUCACUGAAUUACAGUAUAAGCAAUUUGGUACUCAGAUUGAAACUGAUGUCAUUAAUGAAGACUCCAAAGUAUGGGUCUUUUCACUUCUUGUAGAAAUAUUCUUAGCCUCCAUCAGUUUAAAGCCAUGCAUAUUAGUACUUGAUGGAAUUGAAGAAUUGAUUGGUGUUUAUGGGAUUUCAGGACAGAAGGCAAAAGACUUUUCCUGGCUGCCCCCUUCCAUUUCCCCUCAUUGUAAAUUGAUCAUGAGUACGGUAUCCUCCAGUCUGUCUUACAAAUCACUGUGUACUCGAUCAGAUGUAAAAACGGUGGAGCUCACCAUUGCCUCAGAUGAAAACACAGUUAUCAAAAUUUUUGAACGGUAUCUCAGAGUACCUCACAAAAACAUUUUUUCCUAUCGAGAGAAACAUAACACAAGAAAAAAACCAUGCCUAAGUCCUUUGAAAGUUGCCAUCUUGGCCAACGAGUUUCAAGAGUGUCGACUCUACCGAAAUGAGGCUGAAUGUAUUCAGGUAUACCUGGAAGUGCUUUCCAUUCAGGAGCUGUGGGAAUUAAUUCUCAAAAGAUGGGUUGAGGACUACAGCUGGAUCAUCAGACCCAAAAAGGUAGUGUCAAGUCUACCGGAUUCUAAAAGCCGACUGAGUGGCUGGGUAGUGGACACAUUAUGCUUAUUAAGUGUCUCUCAUUGUGGACUGACUGAUCUUGAGAUUCUCCAGCUUUUGGAAAUACUGGGCUAUAAGAAUCAUUACAAAGUCACCACCUCCCAUUGGGCGGCCUUUCGCUCAGCUACAAAGCAGUGGAUCCAAGAGAAGCCAAAUGGCCGCUUGCACUUCUGUCAUCAGUCUCUGCGGCAAGCUGUAGAGCACAAAUUGCUUGGUGUAAUCACGCCUGUCAGAGAAAGCAGUCCAUAUUCCUUUCAGAACCCCGUGAAUUGUAAGAAAACAAAUUUACAUCGGAUCUUGACUCAGUUCUUCCAGAGACAAAGCAACUUUUGGAGAGCAUAUGCAGAGUUGCCUUGGCACCUGAAAAUGAGUGGCAACUGGGAGGAAUUAUGUAAUUUUCUCACAAAUGCCAAAACCCUGGCUAUAAUGUCUCAAACCACAAAGCCAACCUUCUGGAUAAAGCUCCAUCUUAUCCAUUAUUGGAAUGUGCUAGCAGAAGCUGGAUAUGAUAUGGCAGGGGCCUAUAUAAGUACGGUGAAAAAGAUCAUCACUUACAAAUCAUACAAGAUAAAAGAAAGGCAUACAUGGACAGAAUUGACUUGCAAAAUUUCUGAUUUCACAACCAGUAAGAAAUGCCAGAUCAUGUACUUUGUUGCAAGAUUUUUUAAUUAUUUAGGCAGGACCAAUGAGGCUGAAGAACUAUUCAUAAUUGCCGAGGACUUGUUGAUGAAGCAUGACUUGGAAUGUGAAGAACUCUUCAAAAUACAGCUUAGCUUGGGAGAGCUCUAUUUAGAAGUGGGAUGCAUGCAGAAGGCCCUUUUUUUUUCCCAAAGAGCGUGGGUCACAUGGCGACAUUUGGCACCGAGUGACUUAAACAAUUUGGAAAGAGAGAAGCAGAAAGGCAGGGUGCUGUAUAAUCUGGCAAAGACUAUGAGUCAAGGAUCUCUAAAGGAAAAUCACUUGCUAGAAAAUACUGCUGACCUCUCAAACCAAUUGUCUUGUAGCCCAUGUGAUUUAGCUACGCUGAGAUGCACGGAAGGUAUUCUUAAAUCACAAGCUGGGAAUUAUUCUAUGGCAAAAUUGAAAUUUCAAGAAUGUCUCAGUAUCCGUAAAAGUUUAUUUGGAGACAAUCACUUCUUAGUUGGAGAAAUUAAGGAAUAUUUGGCAGAUUUAUUAAGUGGCCAAAAAAAGACUGAAAAAUUACAAAGGAAACAUGCAAUUGAGUAUUACAAAGAUGUGAUAAAGAUAAAAGAAAAUAUGGAAAUCUUGACUAACUCCUACAAAAUGAAAAAGCAACUUAAUGUCAGCCUCAGCAAUGUCAUGUGUAAAUUAGCUGGUCAAUUGCUUAAAAAUGAUAUUUCUGGCCAAUACGAUCAAGAGGCAGACGAACUUCUGCACAGGGCGCUCGAUUUACGAGUUACCUACCUGGGAUCUUCUCAUUCGUCCUCAUGUGAGCUCCUCCGCUUUCUGAGGGAUCUUGAGAGAAAAUGCCUAAGCAAAAGUGAUCCUAAAGGCCGAAGCUCAAGUCAAGAAAAUUUCAAGCGGAUCCUUGCACAGGUCAAAAUCGAGAAGCAGAGAAUGGAGUACUCUAGGCCCCAGAAUUUCAAGAUUGUGAAAUCUGUGAGCAGCACCGCUGCUAAGCUUCAGAGGGCCAUGAGUUUGGACUCUUACAAAAUUUCAGACUAUGAGUCCCCGAAAAGCGUUUUAGGAAAAGGGCAUGAUGGGAGAUUUCCCUGCAGUCUGACAAAGGGAAUUAUUAAACAGCAGGUGCAGAACAGGAGAGAAAUAUGGACCUCUCCAGAGGACAAAGCUGCGAGUGCAAAGAAAGAGAAACCUGCUCCUGGGAAAAACACAAUUUCAAGCAACCUAGAGGACAGCUUAAAAUUUCCACGAGAAAGGGCAUUGUCAGCCCCUUCCUUUUCCAGUCGGUGCUCACAACCAACCUUGUCAGGGCCUCUUGUCAGUAACCUCACUUCUUUGGAAAUUUUUUACAGGCCACAGACUUCACCAGAAAAUCAAAUCUUUAAGAAAUCAGGAAGCCACACAGAUGUUCAAAAACCCUCUCCACCCCAAAGACAGCAAAUUGAUAUCAGAAUGUUAAGAAAACUGAGUGAAAACAGUAAGCCAUAA